AUGUAUCAACCACAAUACGGAGUGCCACAGCAGGGUAUGCAGCAAGUCCAUUAUGGCAUGCCUGGUAUCCAGGCAGCUGCAAUGGCCGCAACCGCCGCCGCCUCUGGUUCAAACUAUGCUUAUAUGCCCUCUGAUCCCAACAUGCCUCAAAGUUCACCCCGCAUGGGCGCCAACGCUAAGAAGGAUGGACGCCAAUCUCCUCGUAUGAACAGCAUGUCCCAAAUACCUGGCCGUCGAAUGAGUCAGGUUACGAGCCCCGGUGUUCCCACUGCGCCGAUGAUGAACCACGGCGGCGCACGACCGGGUGUCGCCCCGCCGCAAAUGCCGGCUGCACAGGCGCAACAUCCGCUAUCCCCCGACAUGCCCGCUGCUAGCGGCGCAGAAGAAUCGCCACUGUACGUCAAUGCGAAACAAUUUCACCGGAUUCUCAAGCGUCGCGUUGCGCGCCAGAAGCUCGAAGAACAACUUCGUCUUACUUCGAAAGGACGCAAACCGUAUCUCCACGAGUCACGACACAACCAUGCUAUGCGUAGACCUCGUGGUCCGGGCGGUCGCUUCCUUACCGCAGAAGAAGUCGCGGCCAUGGAACGUGAUGGUGAGAAGCCCACGGAUGGGAAGGACAACUCUACUGGGGAGAAUUCUGGAAGUGCCGGAACAAAGCGCAAGUCUGAAGCCGGCUCGACAACAUCGAAUAAGAAAGCUAAGACGGACACAGCGAGCCCAGGGGAUGAAGAAGAUGAGGACGAGAGUUGA